AUGGAGAAAGGACACAUAAGAGAAAGCAUGAGUCCUUGUGCAGUACCGGUUCUGUUGGUGCCCAAGAAGGAUGGGAGUUGGCAAAUGUGCGUAGAUUGCAGAGCUAUCAAUAAUAUCACUGUAAAGUAUCGCCACCCUAUCCCUAGACUCGAUGAUAUGUUAGAUGAGUUGCAUGAUGGCAUUAAGGUGUAUGAAGAGAAAAUCAAGGCUAUCAAAGACUGGCCAACCCCUAAAACUGUCGGAGAAGUUAGGAGUUUUCAUGGCCUGGCCGGAUUCUAUAGAAAAUUUGUCAGAGAUUUCAGCACUAUAGCCGCCCCUCUCACAGAAGUUAUCAAAAAAGAUGUUGGAUUUCAAUGGGGAGAAGUUCAAGAAGCCGCGUUCAAAGCUUUGAAGCAUAAGUUUACUAAUGCACCUCUAUUAUCUUUACCUGAUUUCCUUAAAACUUUUGAAAUAGAAUGUGAUGCUUCAGGUAUAGGAAUCGGAGCUGUGCUGAUGCAGGAAAAGAAUCCGAUUGCUUUCUUUAGUGAAAAGCUUGGAGGAGCCACCCUCAAUUACCCAACCUACGAAAAAAAGCUGUAUGCUUUGGUCAGGGCUUUACAAACAUGGCAACAUUACUUGUGGCACAAGGAGUUUGUCAUUGAUACCGAUCAUGAAUCCCUCAAGCAUCUAAAAGAACAGCAAAAGCUUAAUAAGAGGCACGCAAGGUGGGUUGAGUUCAUUGAGACCUUUCCUUAUGUCAUCAAAUUACAAGAAAGGGAAGCUCAUGGAGGUGGACUUAUGGGUCAUUUCGGCAUAGCCAAAACCUUGAAGGUAUUACAAGAUCAUUUUCAUUGGCCUUACAUGAAGAGAGACGUUGAGCGAGUUUGUGCAAGAUGUGCAACCUGUAAGCAAGCUAAAGCUAAGGUUCAGUCCAACGGUUUUUAUACACCUUUACAUAUUCCUUAUCACCCUUGGACUGAUAUAUCAAUGGAUUUCGUGCUUGGAUUGCCUAGAUCUAGGACUGGAAAGGAUUUGAUCUUUGUUGUAGUUGAUAGGUUUUCUAAGAUGGCGCAUUUCAUUGCCUGUAAUAAGACUGAUGAUGCAUCGCAUGUUGCUAAUCUGUUCUUUAGGGACAUUGUUCGAAUACAUGGCAUGCCUAGAACCAUAGUAUCUGAUAGGGUUACCAAAACUAGCCUAGAUGGAAAGACAAAAGCAGAGCUUGUUAAACAGAUCCAUGAAAAGGCCAGAGCUAACAUAGAGGAGAAAACAAAGCAAUAUGUCAAGCACGCUAACAAAAGCCGACGCAAGCUUACCUUUGAGGAGGGAGAUCUCGUUUGGGUGCACCUAAGGAAGGAGAGAUUUCCAGCAGAAAGGAACUCUAAACUGAUGCCAAGAGUUGAUGGACCCUUUGAGAUAAUUAGAAAGAUCAAUGAUAACGCUUAUCAACUUGAUCUACAAGUUAGAACCAUAAGGAGAGCGCAAGGAGCUAAGGAGCUGAGGAGCAAAGACAAGGAUCAAGGAAUGGAACAAGAAAACCCUUUGCUCAUUUCAAAAGGUCUUAUGACCCGAGCAAGGACCAAGAGGCUCAAGGAAGCUGUUGGAGCUAUACUUAAGCAAGGAGUGCUUAUGGAACAAAUGGGAAAAGAGAUGGGUACAACUACACUAGUUGUGAUCCAAGUCCGAGAAGGCUAA